UACGCUGUCACGGUCAGCGCACUAUCAGAGGAGAAACACUCGUCAUUUCGAUGUAAUCACGAGUAGUCGCGUUGCUACAGGGCUCAUUGUAGUUCGCCACGAAAGCCCUUUUCAGUGCCGUUUCAAAUGUAGUCGCUUUCGUAUUCUUAUGUCAAAGGCAGAUUUCUGAGCUUCGAGAGGAAAAUCGAUGUUAUCAUCAGUUGCGGUCUAGAUCAAUAAAUCGACCGUCGCCCGCAACUUUACACAGUCCUAUCCCGAUGGGUUGAGUAGUCGACAUCUCGUCUUCGUGGUCAUACCACUAAGUCUGUACUACAAGCACCGGUCACCGUUCCCGUCGAAGCAGUCGCUUGCGACGAAGGCCUCGGAGAGCACAGACUCAGCCCACUGAGUUUCUCGCCGGAUAUUCUGUGGGUCGUGUUUCCGAUCCGGAACUCUGCGAAGCACUGCUUUUGCUAAGGCUAGUAUUAGCAACGUCCUCAGGUUAGAGCGCCGUGAGCUCACCUACUCGCCCGGUCACCCUGGCAUGGCCCCCUUGGUUACCAGUAUAGGGUUUAAGAACAUAAGUGCGAAACGGGUGUCUACCCAGAAGAAUAAAGCGGCAAAAAUAACACUAAAUGCCGACUCCGGGCCCAGCCGUUGGAGCAACAUCACCAUAACAACCUGGUCCCUUAACCUCUUUGAUGGUCACUUCUCCACUAGAAAAGAUUAUAUACACUCAUUGUCACUUCAUUAUUAUUAAAUUCCUAAACAUCUUCUUCAUAUCUUAGUUUAUCUUGUUUAUUAUUUAUUUCAACUCGAGCUGAAGAUGAGCAAGAUUCUGAAAGUAGUGGGCGCCUCAUGGCUGCAAACGAAAAUUAGUUCUUACGUCCUCGGUAUACUUGGUGUACUAGCUAUCUUGGCGCUUUUUGCGGGACAGAUGGAAAGAAGUCAAGAGGACGGUAACUACGCAGCCACAGUAUUUUAUUCGGAGAAAACAGGAUAUCACAUUGAAUAUUGGGGUCAAAGCAACGACCUCGCCGUGAUCCCUAAAGGAGUCGCCCGUGCUUAUUUUCGAAUGGACAUUGAUACGACAGGUUGGUCUAUUUUGGAAAUAGAAACUGAAGGUUCGUACCACGAUGAGAUUCAAGCUUAUGCGGCAGGCAUCGUCGAAGGGGCACUGACCUGGUACUUAAUUCACACACAUUUAGAAAACACUAUUAGAUAUCAAUGUGACAAUACACCUAUAGAGAAACAGUGCAACAAACUUAGGGAUGCUUUGACGAGAUCGCUUGAAAUUUGGAAGAAUCGCGCUUCGGAGCUUUCUGAUAUCGAUCCAUUUUGGCACCACGUGUCUUUACAUUACACUCAAAUAAAUGGGAUACUAACCGGAUGGAGGCAUGGAAUAGAACGCAGCAUGGAACCAUACGAUAGUGAUAUUUCUGACCUAUUAUGGCUGAAUUCAGUGGCCGAGGUUACAGAGCUGCAGCACAAACUCAACAUUUCAUUGGAAGAUGAGAUGUUGCAGUCUAUCCCUGAUAUCUCAAGUGCUUUCUUGAGAAUCGUCAAUGGAACAGGCGAUGAAGGCCCGAAGUUGUUUAUGGCACAAAACGCAGCUGGGCGAUAUUCAUCGAUGACUCGAAUUUUGAAGAGAUACAAAUUGAACUAUCACAAGACAUCAAAGGAGGACUCUGAAUCGGUACCGGGAACGUCGAUCGAUUUUUCAAGUUACCCCGGAUCUAUUACCAGCCAGGACGAGUUCUAUCUUGUGAAAGGGAAUAAACAUCGAAUGGCAGUUGCUGGAACCGCAUUGAGAAACUACAAUAACAAGCUCUGGCAGGAAGUCAACAUUACUGAGCAAGUCCCCGCUGGACCUCGUAUAACUGCUGCGAACCAUCUGGCCACCAACGUAAGCUCUUGGGGCCAUAUCAUUGCCAAAAACAACUCCGGAUCCGCAUCGAAGCAGUGGCUGAUCGUCGACCUCAAUAGAUUCGAUACCCUUUCUGAACACCACGAAAAACAAAAGCACGGACACAGUGAAGUUGUCACCGAAAUUUCAAAUGAUGUAAGACACACGAUAUAUCGAUCUAACAACAGUCAUGGCAAAGGCCUGGUGGAAUUGGUGGAACAAGUCCCUGGGCUCACGCACUCGGCGGAUAUUUCUGAUGCCUUCCUUGAAAAAGGUUAUUGGGCUACGUACGGAUUGCCUUUCUUCAAAAACGUAGCUGAAAAAACGCAUAUCAACAAAAUGGAGGCAUUGCACGGCAAGAUAUUUUCGGAAACCGAAUCACCGAGAGCUGUCAUUUUCCAAAAAGGUUACACAAAUGCAACAACCGCCGAAGAAAUCAUUAAACUAAUGAGACAGAACAAUUUGACUGAAAAUCAUCGUUCUAAGAACGAUACCGUGGAUGUUGGUGACAUUAAUGAGUUUGAAGCAAGUGGGUAUUCAACAGUAAUGGGAGUUAGAGGAGACAUCGUCGACCAUCAUAAGAAGCCAUACGGUAUUAUCGAUACAAAAAUUAUUUGCGCUACUUGGAAUAAGACACCUGUAGAGUUCAUUGCUGUGUCCGGGCCGCCUUACACAGAAAUCCAAGCUAAUGCAACAGAGCUUCGAAUCAACAAAGGGAAUCUGGCACCGAUUUACACAAAGGAAUUUGAUAAUCAACCGACCAUUAACAGUAUCGAGAUAAGAGACCUCGUGAAACAACAGAUAGAAGAAGCGAAACAGGAAACGCUGGACGAAUUCAACAAGAACAUAGUCCAGCCCUUCGACUGGUCGAAAAGCGAUUUCGUCAACGACACACAUCGAGGGCUACCAGACAAGUGGGCGUUUGUAUCAUUCAAACCAAACUGGUCCUGGUGAAUCUCCGUAUCACACAUUCAUAAUAAAAUAUGUACCUUGUAUAAAUAAUUUUACAUUCGUUUUUAUACCACUUUAGGUAAUUUUUUAUCUUUUUAACAUCACAUUUUGUUUACACUUUUUUCUUUUGCAAUUAACAUAAAAAUUUCAACAUUCUUAGUAAAGUCAAUUAAUUUCCUAGUGUUGUUUCCGUCCAAGUUGUACUUCGUGUAUCUCGCUGUUAUUGUAGUUAUAUUUAGAGGAAAA